CAAAUCAUGGAACAACCAUUAAUAGUCCAAGCCGAGUACUCCUUCAAGGGGGGCAACAAUGAUGAAUUGUGCUUUAAGAAAGGUGAUCUAAUCACUGUGACACAGCGUGAAGAGGGUGGCUGGUGGGAGGGUACACUAAACGAUAAGACUGGCUGGUUUCCCAGCAAUUAUGUUAUGGAAUAUAAGGCACCAUUGCCCAUUACCGAUUCUAUUCGGCCACCCGAGGAGAUACAAGAAUAUAGAUCGGUAGUACUCAAAGAUUUGCUCGAUUCGGAGCGGGCCCAUGUGGCUGAGGUCCAAGGACUGUUGGAGAACUUUUUGGAACCACUACAGCAAACACAAAUUUUGAAUGCCGAUGAAUACGCUCAAUUAAUGUGCAAUUUUGUUGAGGUUGUCAAGACCCACGAAGAGCUGCUGACACAAAUGGAAGAGUGCAAUGAUCGUGUGGGCAAACUAUUUCUAAAUAAGGCACCACUGAUGAAACAGGUUCAUCAGGCCUAUUGUGCUGCACAUCCCAAAGCUAUUGUUAUAUUAGAUAAAUACAAAGAUGAACUGGAAAAAUACAUGGAACAGCAGGGAGCUGCAAAACCUGGCCUUUUAGUCUUGACAACGGGUCUGUCCAAACCAUUUCGCCGUCUGGAUAAAUACUCAGCCAUGUUGCAAGAAUUGGAACGACACAUGGAAAGCAGUCAUCCCGAUCGGGGAGAUACACAACGAAGUGUAGCGGUUUAUAAGGAUAUUGCGGCCACCUGUUCCGCCACCCGCAGACAAAAAGAACUAGAACUGCAAGUCUUAACGGGUCCUGUACGCGGUUGGCAAGGCCAGGAACUCAGCUCAUUGGGUGAAAUAAUCCACAUGGGCAGUGUGGCAGUGGGUUUGGAUCAUCGCGAUCGUUAUUUUGUAUUAUUUCCACAAACAUUACUCAUAUUGAGUGUUAGCCAGCGAAUGAGUGCUUUUAUUUAUGAGGGUAAAUUACCCUUAACAGGUAUUGUGGUUAAUCGCCUGGAAGAUUCCGAUACCUUUAAGAAUGCCUUUGAAAUCAAUAGUCCUUUGAUUGAGAGGAUUAUUGCCGUUUGCCAGGGACCCAAUGAGGCCAAUAAAUGGGUCGAGUUGUUAACCUCAACCAAUGCCAGUUUACCAAUUGGCAUUAAACGUCAACAUAGUAAUUUAAGUAUAGGAGGCGGUGGCGGAGGAGGUGGUGGCGGUGGCCACAUUUCAACACCACCCAGUCAUGUAACUUCUUCUUCUUCCUCUAUACAUAAUUUGGAUGCGCGUGGCUAUUGUACAAGAUUUUCAUUGUGUGCCUAUUACAAUACACCACAAAUGCGUGUCACUCUACCGCCCAGUAAUUAUCCACCCACGGCCCCCUAUGCAAAUCUCAGUGAUCACUUUGCCAAAUUGGUCCAGGCCGGCCAAUUGAAGGCGGUCAUCAUAAAAAUGCUGCUGUAUCCCCAGUCAAGACAGAGCAUCAACAUGGACGCGAUACCAUUGCGGAAGAGGCGACAUAAAACGUGUAAAAAACUAGCCAGGUCUUUGACACCGGGAGAGGAACGAUCGGCAGAGGAGAAAUCCGGGGGAACACUGGAGAGACAGGAUGCAUUUUCAUUGCCCACCGAUUCGGAAAGUGGUGGUAGCGGUAUUGUUAGUGCCCAUGAUUUUGAUUUUGUGAGAUUUUCCCGUAACGAUUCCAUUGUGUCCUCGACUGGUACCUUUAUCGAUCAUGGCCCGGGGGCAGCAACACCACCCACGGGGAAACCCACCAGGCAUUGUUCAUCAAUAAAUCUCAUCAAUUUUGAUUCCGGCUCGGAUGACGGUCGUGAUGGCCUGGGGACCACGAAGAAGGAUUCUCUUAUAAUUGGUUCGAAAACGAUGCGGGCCAUAGGCCGUAAGUCAUCGGAACAAAGUAUUAUUAUACACACCUCCAAGGCCCAUUUGACCAUGGGAGGAGGUGGAGCGGGUGGUGUUGGUGGACUCACACAAACCAAGGAAAUUAGCAUACCUCAUGCUCAGUCCGAACAACUGCUGAAACCUGAAGCAUUGUUACAACAACAGACCUCUGAGACUUCGGAAAAAUCCUCAGUAUAUGGUGGGCGCCUGAAGGGGGCCUAUAUUGCCUGUGAAAAUUUAGCUGAUCUCUGUGAUGAAACAAAAAUUAAAAACAGCUCCGUACAACAUUUGGCCACAUCUCCUCCUGAACGCCACAGUAUGCCGAAUAUUUUUGUGGGUAAUCGUUUCAAUCGUAGUUCCAAGACAGAGGUCUAUGUUCCCUCCUGGCAGGAUCGUAAUGAUAUGCAAAAUCAAAGUGCCGAUGCUGUGGAAAUAAAUCAUGGCCGAGGAGAAGGUGCCGGCGGAGAUGAUACUGUGGAUGGAGAGGUACAUGCCAGCACCCUGGAUAUACCAGCCAUGUCUCGUGAAGCACCCGAUAAGCUGCAAGCCGAAUUGUUAUAUAAUUUCAAUGAUCUCCAACACGAGCAACAACAACACUCACCCACAAAAUUACAUUUCCAGCUAAAUAAUGGGGGAGAUGAUGAUCAUGUCAUAGCACCACCCUCCAUGUUCAAUAACAACAAAAAUUUCCAUUUAUCCCAAACGGAACUGUGCUUCGAACCCAAAAGAAGUAGCAAUGAGGAAAUGGGGCGAACCAAACGGAACUCAGUUAAACGUUGCAUUAGCUAUCAUUAUGUACCGCUAAUGCAAGAGGAACACCAGCAGGGUGGAGAGGCCAAUAGCUCGGUGGCAAAUCAAGUACCACCCGAUAGGAGUGAUAAUAACAACAACAAUCGGAGACCUUUCCCGCUACCGGGUCAAAGUAAUAGUAGCACCACCACCUCACCCAAAUGUAAAUGCUGUGAAAGUUCCCAAUGUCCCAGCCCCAGAUCCAGUGACAGCGGAAUGGCUGGUAGUUGUACGAUAAAUUCCCCAGAUCCUCCUGCCACCGAGGGUGGUGCCUAUGAACCCUUCUACGAUGUAGAUGGUAAUUUGAAAUUACUCUCCAGUAAUAAUGAUCUCACACGUUUCGAUGUCUGCGGCACAUUUCGUGAAAAGUUUUUAGAAAAUUCUCAGCAAUCGCAACAGGAGGAGGAGGCUCAUGGGGAACAUUCCCAGCCCCCCAAUCAAAUAACUUCUUUAGAAUUCCAAAGGAAUAGUAAAAGUAUUUUUAUUAGCUCCACGGCACCUUCCCAUAGCCAGCAGCCAUCUUCGUAUGCCACACCCAAUGGUGGUUUUAUAUUUACCUCACAGAGUCCCCAUGAAUCUGGCAUGGAGCCGCCCCAAUCCUCAUCAGCAUCAACCACAAAUCCCAAUGAAACACCAGGUGUAUUCCGUUCGGGCAUGUAUGCCCAUUGGUGGAAAAAAGAAACCCUGCCCAAUGAAAUUGUCAAAAGUAUUGCCCAGGUUUACAAUAAACGUCUACCACCGCCCUCCCAUGAAGUCAGCUUGGAUUCCCACUGUUCGCUAUGCUCCAGUUGCCAGUGUUCCCUGGGCGGGGCAAGUGGUUUCAGUGAGGGUGCUGCCUAUUGUAGUCUGUGUCAGGAUUGUAUUAGCAUUUGUAGUUCUACGCAAACAUCUUCCUCAUCGAAAUCAACCUGCUCGUCUUCGUCCUCGGCAAAUCGUCAACAAAUUGCCACCAACACUACCACAACCAUAACCACAUCUGCCGAAUGUCCGCUGUGUAAUAAUUACAAUAGCAACAACAACAAUAACAACAGUGCCACCAACUGUUGCCCACCCCUGCGCAAUUCAAUUGGCAAUAAUACCCGCGUUGCUGCCAGCCACUCUGGCCAGUUAAGCAGUUCGGCCGGUUCAUCCAUGGAUUGUCCAAUUUGUAGUGGCAAUUAUUUGGCUCGCAUGGAGUCCUUAGGUUCAAUACGCGACGAUGAAGAUGCAAUGCAGAUGAUGACAUCGACGACGACGACAAAUUCUGGUACUGGUCAAGCAAUGUCCCCACCGGCAAAUCUCGGUCUGCUCAGUCAACGAAUAAAUCAACAACAACAGCAGCAGCAACAACAACAAGCGAUCAACAACAUCGGACAAUCAACAACAGCAGCACAAGCAACGAACAAUUCAGCCACAAUCAAUCGACUGGAGAACAAUCAUCAACAGCAGCAGCAGGCAGCAGCCACGUCACAACACAAACGGAGCCUUUCGUUCAAUCAUCAUCUCAGCUACAAUCAAUACACACACACUCAGCAUCCACCACCUCAUCAAAUGCAUCAUCAUCCUCAACAACAACAACAGCCACCAAGUCUACCAAGUCAUCCAGUGGCAGUGCCAAACCACAAAUCAAAUUUAGUCCAGACAUCGAACAGUAUUUCGAAGACACAAAUGCCGGUGCAUCAUACGGGAAACACCAUGGCGGGAGCAGCAGUGGCGGCGGGGGUAAACGCAAGGACAGGAAACACAAAAGCUAAUUGGAAUAUUACAAAUAUGCGCCCAGCACCACCAUUACGCCCUAGCAUUUUAAAUACCAGCACAACCGGCGGUAAUAGUAGUGGUGGUGGCAGCGGUGCCGGUGGUAGUAUUGGUUCCAAUCUAUCCAAUUAUUGUAAUGGUCGUAAAAAUCAACCAACUUUUGAAGAGGAUGCCUUAGUUUUGCGCGUUUUUGAGGCCUAUUGUGCGGCCUAUCAGAAUACCACACGCAAUACCAUACAUUCGGCCCUCCAACCCUGGACCCCCUGUUUGCCCAUACGCGGCGGCAAACUAAAGACCAGCAAACAUUUUUCAACAUCCAAUCCCCAUUUGCCAUUUCUCUGCAAUACCGGUGUACAAUUUCCUGGUGGUUCUGCCGGUGGUAGUGCUGCUGGUAAUGUUCCGCAUCGCCAGAACUCAUCCACAAGCAGUUUGAAUUCUUCGUUUAUUUGGCGUGAGGCUAGCCCCAAUAAUUUUAAUUUAUAUUCCUCUUCGAUAUCAUCGUUAAAUGUCGCAUCAGCAGUGGGGGUGGGGCCACAAAAUUCCGCCACCGGAGGCUAUAGAUAUUCAUUAACGAAUUCUGGUUCUGGCUCAGCCAUGCCAGGUAUGAGUGGUGGAAGUGGUACGGGAGGCGGCAGUGGUCCAUCCUCCAUGGGCCUGGACUAUCGAGCCCUAUCCGAAGAACGUGCCACCCGUAAAUCAUUGAAUCGCCUGAAAAGUGGUUUCGGCUCGGGCUAUGACAACAUCUUUAUGACCCCGCUGCUGCCACGCAAGAAUAAAGGUUCACCGAAAAUCGUCAAAUCCAAUUAUCAAUCACCCCAAAGACUGCCACCACCUCCGGUGAGGAAUCGUUCCGAAGAUCGCCAAUCCUCGACGAGUAUCAAUAAAAGUAUGCCCAACCAUCCGGGUUUGUAUGAUCGGCGCUUGAAUCGUUCCUUUGAAACGGCUGGUACCUCGCAUCGCUAUGCUGGCUAUGGUGGGGGUUAUAUGAUGGGUUAUGGCCUGAAAUCGACUUCGUUAAGGCGCAGUACCCCCCAGCUACCCAAUGAUGGUGAUGUGGAAAGAGCGGGAUCAUCAGGUGCUGCUGCUGGCUCAGGAAUAUAUCCAACGGACCCAUGUACGGGAAAUGGAGAUGGUGACUCAUCUCAAGGCCAAUCUGGCAAUUGGUGUUGUGGUAAUUUUGUUAUGAAACAGUGGCGUAAAAUCAACAAUUACUGAUUGUCACCCACCACUGGUUC